UAUGCAAAAAUUAUAUUUUGGAGUAUUGAUGCAUUGUUCCGACAAGGAAAUAACAGGGAAGAAUCACUUAAAAAUGUCACCCGACCCAGCCACAUCGAGUUGUAUUUAUUUCUCCAUGCAUACCUUCAAGGCAUUCCGCAAGCAAUCUUGCAGCUUAAUUCCAUGCAGGUUUUGUGUAUAGCCUCAUCUUUGAUGAUCGUUGCCACAACAACAGUAUCAUUUCAAAGGUUUGAAAGUCAAAAAAUACUGGGAAGAUUAAAACCCUGGGCUAACAUUCCUCCCAGAAACGAUACGACAACAACUGAAGAUAAUCAACAAGAUGAAGUAAGCAAAACAAUUGAACCUGAAGAGGAUGAAUCUGUGAAAAGAGGAAGUGAUGCUGAAGGGUCAACUCCUUAUCUUCAACCACGGACCAUUGCCACAAAUGAAAUUGCCGAAGCCAUCAACGAAGCUGCCAUUUCUCUUUCCAGUGAAAACUCAAGUGAAAAAUUUUCAGAACAGACACCAGAACUAUUGCCAAGGCAAUCAUUUAUUCAAUAUUCCGAAAAUCCAUAUACUGAUCCUCGUACAUUGAUAAAGAACUUCCCCUCUCAAGAUUCAAAUUCUGAUGAGCCUCAGAGUUUGCGUCCUCCUUCAUUUCCUCCACCACCUCCUCCUCCUCGUAGUCCUCCCCCAAUUAGGAAACCACUUGAAUUUCCGACACGCAAAAUUCCUGUUAAAGGUUUGGAGCAAGAUGAAUUAAUGGGGAAAAGUGUGUCAUUUUUAGCAUGGUUCUUUUUUCUCUCAGGUCGGGUAAUUUCCCUUGUGUCAUGCUUCCAUUUCUUUCCUUGGCUAGGAUUUGGAAUUAGUCUGUUCCAUUAUACUGUAACUCUCUUAGUACUUCACAAAAAUGCAAAGACCAUUUCAACAGUUUUAUUAAAA